AUGUCAAAAACCUUCAAAUUGAAUACCGGGAACUCUAUCCCAGCCGUCGGACUUGGAACAUGGCAAUCCACCGACGAAGACGUCUACAAUGCUGUCUUGAGUGCAUUCAAAGCAGGUUACAGACACAUCGAUACGGCACUUGUGUAUGGAAAUGAGGUUCCUGUUGGAAAAGCCAUCGCUGACAGUGGUAUUCCACGCUCGGAGCUUUUCAUCACCACUAAAUUGGCUUCGAUCGAUCACUUGGACCCAUUGAAGGCAUUGAACAAAUCGUUAAAGAAUCUCGGCCUCGAGUACGUGGAUUUGUAUUUGAUGCACUGGCCUGUGGCGUUGAACCCAAAAAACGACUCACACCCAACCUUUCCAACUUUACCCAAUGGUAAGAGAGACAUUCUAUUGGAUAGAGACUUUGUAACUACUUACGUGGAUAUGCAAGAAUUGGUGGAGUUGGGACUUGCAAAGGCAAUUGGAGUAUCCAAUUUCACUGUUAAAAACUUGAAGAAGCUCCUUGAUUCGCCAGAAGUUACCAUUCCUCCUGCUGCCAACCAGGUGGAGUUGCACCCAUACUUGCCACAACCAAAACUCUUGGAGUUUUGCAAACAGAACGAUAUUAUCUUGGAAGCAUACAGUCCUUUGGGCUCCACUAACUCUCCGUUGUUGGAAAACGAAACGUUGGUGAAGUUGGCUGAGAAAUAUAAGGUGGACCCUGCUAAUGUUCUUAUCAGCUGGGCUGUAUGGAGAGGCACUGUUGUUCUUCCAAAGUCGGUAACACCUAGCAGAAUUGAGAGCAAUUUCAAUGUAGUGAACUUGUCCGACGAAGAUGGAGAGGCAGUAAACGAGAUAUCUUCCAAAUUGGGAACCAAGAGGCUCAUUUCUCCGGACUGGGACCCUGUGGUUGUUUUCGAUGACGAUGAAUAG